AAGAUAUUUUUCGAAAACAAUGCUGUUUUCUCAAAAUGCCAUUAGGAUACCAAGCCAGUCUCUUUCAUCGUUAGAGGCAACAGCCGGCCACAGGUUUAGUACCAUGGACAGUUUGGUACACGCUACUCACUGGCCUAUGUUGUGUGUCACAAAACCCCAUGAAAGAUCCAAGUCUUAACUCCCAGGUUUCCAGACAUGGUUUGAUCUCUGCCGCUUCUCUGCAGCAUGGUGAAGAAAUUCUAUGAACGCCAUCACCCUCACGCGACGUGAGCACCGGAGGGAUGCCUAUAAUCCUGGUAUAACUUGAUGGGAUAGGAGUGUCAUGAAGGUAUUCAUUACCACAGGGUUGGAUUUGGGGGGUCUUUACCGCAGAAACAAACCAUUCUUUCUAUUAAUAAUUAAUACAUUCAUGAAGCAGCGGAAAAGCGAGAGAGCGCAUGCACUACUGGAGAUCCUCGUUCUGAAUAGCUGUCACCGGCGUAUCAUGUCACAGUCUGACAGCGCUUCGCGAGGGGCAGACGAGGAGGACGCGGGAGGAUGAGGGAGCAAGAGGGACCGGGAGAGGUAGAGGAGGAAUAUAAUGAAGUUGAGUGGGAAAGGACUGUGUACCAUCAUCUCCAGCACCCUCCUCUUCCUCUGUGCCGUGAGCGAAGUUGUUGUUGGAUUCAAAUGCAUCGCGAUGGGCACCAGAGUAAAAGUGCAUUUCCAUCUGGGCACUGCGGCCGGAGCCUUCUACUCCGGGAUACUUAUCGCUCUCGGCCAGGCGCUCCUAGGCUUUGCGCUGUUUUGUUGCAAAGGGAAGCCCGGGUGUCGGAAUUUUUUCCUCUUGGGGAUCCUGGUGUUCUUGCUAGGAGUUCUCACAGCCUUCUCUGGCGCCGUGGUGGACGGGGACACGGUGUCUCUGGUAGAGCGGAAAUAUUCACACUAUUGCCUGCACUCAGUGGAUUUAAACCACAUGUGCGAGCAACUAAAGGAAUAUCAGAGGGGGCUAGUUAUCUCAACCAUUCUUAGCACUUUGGAAUGCCUCCUCGGGCUUAUGAACUUGAUUAUUAUAAAAAAAUAUAAAACAGCGCAGUUUUACAGACGGAGGCAAUCUCAGAGACAGAGUACGGGGGCUAUUAUAUUUAACGAAGAACAGGAUUUCUCCUCUGCAGAAUUUCAGCCUGUUUCCUAUAUAAACUUGGGUGUUUUUCAUGUGUUUGAUGAAGCUGGAGUGGAGGUACAAUGCGGGGGACACCCGUCAGUCGAACUCCCGGGUUAUUCGCCUACGGAUCCUGAACUAAAUCAUUCCUAUCCCUUUUCUUACCGGCUUCCGAGUGAACUACCGCCCGCGUAUGAAGACAUUUUCCCUGGAGAAGAAAGCAACAAAUAGUCUAGCAAAUCUUAGUCCCUCAGUUCCAAAUUCUGCAGUGACAAUCACUGGCUUUUACCCCACAGAGUAAGAUACUCUGUAUGAAGAGAAAGGGCAAUUUUCUUUAAAAACUGGAUUUCAUUCAUCACAGCAUUGUGAGCUCUCAUGCGUAGCUAAUUUUUCAGCAAGAGUCGGUGCCUAGUCCAUUGACAAUAUGCAACAAGAACAUGCUGUCUAUAAAUUAGGCUAUUUCCAUCAUCACUCGACUAUCUUACAGCAUAGUCAACGGUGUUUGGAAAAAGAAAAGUCCCUACUUUGAGAUGUUACCAUACAAUUUAAGAUAUCAAAGCAGCGUUUGUGUUGCUUUCAGAUUGUAAACACUCAUAUGCUCCAAUAGGUUGUUGUUUAUUGUUCCUUACCAUAUCAAUAAACGUGUAUUUACUCUUA